AUGGAUUAUAAUCUGAUUAUAAAUCAAAUUAUUCAAAUGAAAAUACCUAGAAAAGCUGAAGGGAACCAAUGCAUAUAUUGCCUGCUUACUUUCCUAACAUAAAUUGAUUACGCCUAUUUAAUAUUUUUUUAAAAAUUCUUCAAUAAAUUGCAGUUGUUUAAUCAGAAUUAAAAAUAUAUUAUUUACUCUAAAUGCGAGUUAGAAGUACAAGUCUUUGCCUUUUAUUUGUUGGAUUCGCAAACAUUGGGGCGGGCAUUGCAGUAUGUGCUGAAGCUGGAAAUUUUACAUGGUAUAAUGGAGGAUACAUUAUUUUAGGCGUCGUGAUUACUAUACUUGUAUUGAUUUCUCAUUUAAUCAGAAAAUCUCGAAACUGCAUCACCUUCUACAUUUUACUUCUAAGUUUUAGUUUUCUUGGUGAGCUUGGGUUUGCAUUAGGGAUUAUAUUUUAUACAGAUUACUCUAAUGUACUUGGAGAAGGCUACGCAGACGCAGUCAGAUACUCAAUGCUGGCAGCUUGUGGAUUAAUACUUUUAUGUCUUAUUUUCGCUUUAUGCUAUAGAAAUAGCUUGAAUUAUAUAGCGUCUGCACCGCUAUAGCGUGCUUUGGUGCUUGAUUCUCCACAGUAUCUUGGAGCUCUGAGAAUUCACCUCCAAUUUGACAAAUCCUUGCAAAAGUAUAUGUUUCUGCCAAUUUUAAUUGACUUGUUACUUUUAGGUGGCUCGUCAGAGCUCCAAGUUGCUAUGAGAAUCCAACCCCAAAGGCAUGUUAUAAAGGUGUAGACGCUAUAGCUAUUUCAAGAUUAAAGAACAAGAAUUGUUGUUAUAUGGAGCCAAAAUAGAAACUCCAAAAGCAGAUCUUAAAAAGAAAGAGAUGGAGGAUAAGUAUGAAAAGCUAAGAGAGAAGAGAGAUAAAAAGGGAGUUAUUUAG